AUGAUCAUAAUGCUGUCGUGCUACAAGGAAAACCCUCUUGCUUUCCCUUCUCAAAUCGUUUGUCUGGAUUUCAACACAAUUUCGGUUUCGCGUAACUUUCGAAAGGAGCAAAGAUUCGAGUUACACAAUGCAAAAGACAGAUGCAAAGAAUAUGAAAUGAAGACUUACAGUGGUUUAAUCAGGUUGAUUAAAUGUUUUCACUUUUCCAACAACAUAGGAGGCGACCAAGCGAUUUCCUCAAUAACACUUGCAAGAAAAAUUUGCUAA